AUGACCGCACCGCAGCCUCCGCCCGCGCCGACGAACUUUCUGGCGGACAAGAAGUUCCCCGACGACCUCGUGGUUUCGAUACUCGGACGCGUCCCGUGCAAGGACGACCGCGCCAGCAUGUCCCUCGUCUGCAAGGCGUGGCACGACAGGAUCGACCGCCUCAUCAAGGAAAAGCGCACGCCGCCGAUUUUUAUUUUGAGCCGCGCCCAUCCGCUUUUGAUCCGCCGCUGCUUUUUGUGGUGGCUCCUCCUCCCCUCCAAAGUUGUUCCGCAACGACCCCGCCCUUCUUCCGCGCCGCCUGCGUCCUCAGCGGCUGCUGCGUCCACCCCCACCACAACCACCGCACCAUCCUCCCGCCCGAGGCGCGCUUCGUCGGCUCCUACGACGGCGCCUGGAUCUUCCUCUACUCCGACGAGAUGCGCGCGCACGGGCUCCUCAACCUCCGCACUCCCGCAAGAGCUCGUUCGCGAUCGUGAGGGACACCGGAUUGUCUACAGUAUGGUCAUGCUCGCCGCCACGCUCUCGUCAUCGCCGGACGACUCCAAGUGCGUCGGCGCCACCAUCAUCGCGCGGGAGCGGGAGCAAGCCCCAGACGAGUUUUUGCAGCAGCCCUUCAAUCGCUGGAUUGCGUUCUGGCGAAUGGGCUGGGAGGUGGCGCUCCAAUUGGUUCCAGGCGAGGACGUGGCUGUGGACCUGGCUCUGUACCUUACGGAGGACGUCGUCUACCACGACAGCGCCUUCCAUUUUCUGCUCACCCGUGGCGGAGCCUACCAAAUCCUCGUGUGUACGCCGACCACGAAUCCUGAAGAUCCUAUGGUCCUGGAGAUCAAUUGGGCGCUUCGCCGCUUCAUGCCGCCCGGAGAGCGCAUCCCCGGCCAGAACGCCACCGUCCGCGCUCGAUACCUCGUCGUGUCCCGCGGCGAACUGCUCAUGGUCGUCAGGUUCACGACUGGUGCUAAUCAGCCGACGUCCAUGUUCAAGGUGUUCCGGGAGACUAAACGGCCGCAGAUGCCUAACGGCGGCGACUUCCCCGUGGCUCUGUACCCCUGGGAAUGGAGCGAGAUGGACACGCUGGAUGGCCUGGUUCUGUUCGUCGGCUAUGGCUGCUCCAGGUCCUACCAAGCGGAUGAGGAUAAGUACCCAGGCUUCAAGCCCGGCAUCUACUUCUUGGAUGAUGGCGUGUUCUGCGAGGCACUCAUGGUCGGCGACGCCAAUACCAGGCCGUACCCCUGCAGGGACAAUGGGAUGUGGUCCGAAUCCGAAUGCCGUAUCCAGCGCUGCUUCCCGCCUCCAAACUCAUCGGACUACUCUCCUCCGGUUUGGCUUUUCCCUUGA